UGGUCGAGGCUAGGAGAAGAUGGCUGCGUUCCUCAGCCACCAACAAAAAGUGUUACGGCUGUAUAAAAAGUCUCUGAGGCACCUGGAGUCCUGGUGCAUCUUCAGGGAUAAGUAUCGUUUCUACGCCUGUGUGCUGAGGGCACGCUUUGAUGAGCAUAAGAAUGAGAAGGACAUGGUAAAGGCUACCAAGAUGCUAAAGGCCGGAGAGGAGGAGUUCUGGGCUAAGCAGCAUCCUCAGCCCUACCUGUUCCCUGACUCACCAGGUGGAACCUCCUACGAGAGAUAUGAGUGCUACAAGGUUCCUGAAUGGGUUCUGGAUCACUGGCAUCCCUCUGAGAAGGCCAUGUACCCUGAUUACUUCUCAAAAAGAGAGCAGUGGAAAAAGCUGCGAGCCCUGAGCUGGGAGAAGGAGGUGAAACAGCUGAAGGAGGAGACCCCAGUCAGUGCACCCACAUCCGAGGCUCUUCCUCCUGCCCGUAAGGAGGGCGAACUCCCCCCACUGUGGUGGCAGUUUGUUACCCGGCCCAGAGAGAGACCUAUGUGAAGGUCUACGUGAAGCACUACAGGAAGCACAUGCACUGCAACCACCUCCUGCUCCUCAGAUCUCCCACCUGGAGGAUAAAGUUGAGUUUAAGCUUCAUCUAGUCGUUUUAUCUUAGCAGUGGACGAUUAAAUUAUAAGUCAUGUGUAAUUAUGCUGAGGAGUUUGUGUGUGUGUGUGUGUGUGUGUGACUGAAGUGUAGACUGUACAGAGCUGUAAAGCACCCAGUGUGCUUCAGAGUAUAAUAAAUAUGUUCUAAUUCA